UCACAAAAAUUAGAUAAGUACUAAAAACUUAAGUGCACAUGUAAAUAGUAAAUACACAUUGAAAAUGACCCUAUAUAUCGAUACAAAAUUAAAUUUUGUAGAUUCAAAUGUGAUAUCAACAGUAGCCAGCUGGCAUCAAUCACUGCCGCUUUUGGCUGUUGGCUCCUAUAAUCAGGAAAAAGGAGGAUUUGUUACUAUUUUUCAGGAAAAUGGUCAGGCUUUAGAAGGUUGUGACUGGCCAGUAUUACUGUCUAAUCAAGUAACAGCUCUAGCUUGGCAUCCCACCAGAAAACUACUGGUAGUCGGAUGGGAUGGUGGCGAGCUAUACAUUUGGCUCGAGUACUCGUGGGCGAGAUUGGAAGCACCUCACAAUGCAGCAAUAACAACUCUCAACUUUAGCUCCGGUGGCGGUAGAUUACUGGCAUCAGAUGCCGCAGGAUCCCUCUCAGGAUGGCGGUCAAACUCAGGAGCACCGCUUACAUCUUUUCACCAUCAACUCGGGGACAUAAUAACUCACUUAAAAUUUUGCCCACCUAAACCAUCCUUUGAAUCAUCAAUAAGAGGUCUCGCUCGGGCGGCUGUAGCAGGUGACGAAAAAGCUUUAGACACACUGGCAGCGUGGAGGCCCAGGACCACAGCCAGGGUUAAGGACGGCCAGCAACCCGACAAUCAUUGCUGCUAUGCAACUCAAGACAAUGGGAUCAUCUUGUUCAUUGAUCACACCGGUGCCUGCUCAGAAGUACUCAACGCAGCGGGUGCAGUAGCUUUCUUAGGAAUUUUGGCAAACAAUUAUUUAUUAAUAGCCUGGGAAACUGGCAGUGCACUAAGUUUAUCGAGAUUUGCGAUUGGACACGACGGAUCCUUAACGACAGAUACUCAUGUUAGGAUGUCAGCAAGGAACGGGCAGUCUGUAGUUCUGGUUGGUAAUGUAUCGGUUGCAGUAAUUAAUGGGGACAACAUGAUUAGGAUAUGGGACAGCGAUACAGGUGACAAUGAUGUGUUACCAAAUGAAGGGGAGGAAACAGUACCCGGUGAUGUUUUCACCAGCAUAAGCUAUUGUAACCUGAGUGACACUCUCUGCUGUGGCACGUCUCAAGGUAACUUGUAUAUGUGGAGACGAGAUCACAGACAUAACUGGAAGCUUAUAAGCCGAUCUGCAGUAAAGGGAACAAUAAAAGAAGUCUGCUGGGGAUCUGAAGGAUUAAUGAAUCCACUCUUAUUUGUUAACUGCAUUACAAAUGCGUUUAUACUCCGAGAACAGCAUGUAUGCUGGGGCUACUCUCCUAAUAUGUGGAUGGUGCAAAAAUCUGCCCAUGAUAUCAGUGUAACAAACUCGGAGAGUACACAGCUAAGCAUUAAUACUACUAUAACUAUUAAAGCUUUUGUCUUCAAAGAUAAUACUGUGGUAUUAGGGGAUGGUAAAGAUGUUCAGGUAUGGGUCUACAAUAAAGACAAUGAUGGACAAUUUACAUUAGUUCGGAGUUUUGCUUGGAAAACUGAUGUGAUUUUCUUAUACAGCGGUACUUUGAUAGGAGUCGUCGAGCCUCACAUUGAAUGCUACAGUUUGUCAGGAGACAAAAUAGGAAUUCUUCCGAGCACUGAAGGAGAAGGUGAAAUCAUUGCUAUCACAAAAACUAAUAAAUAUAUUGUAGUCGCAACUGUAGACGGCACACUUAAAGUAGCUGAAAUAUCAAAGAAAGGCCUGAGAAUGCCUUACCCCUCAAAAAAUUGCUAUCAAAUGAUAGAAGAUUUCGGCGAAAUAAUGAGGUCAUCGGUUAACGCCACUGGCCACUACAUUUGUCUCAGUAUAGCCAAUGCUGGCUUAGCACCGGAUCCUAAAAUCUAUCUGUGGGAUGUUGCCAAUGAUAAAAUAACCAACACUUCUUUGGACAACACCAAAUCCCCGCCAUAUCACAGUGUACCACUAGCAAUUCUUUGGGAUAGCAACGACCCUAGACUUCUAGCUGUACACAUGCGAUCUGCCGAAUUAGACUCUAUUCAUUUGUUUUUCUGCAACGAGGGAAGCCUAUUCGAAUACAAAAAUUGGUGUUCUGCCAAUGUGGAAUAUUUUCAGUCUGAUUUUACUGUGUGUACCUUGUAUGCACCAUAUGUGGUAAUAUUGUCGCAGCAAAACAUACAAAGGAUUGUCUUUAAGGAAUUCGAAGAGUCCAAAGACAGUAGCAAACUGAAGCAGAUAUUGAAUUUCCUGUAUUAUAUGACGACGGGAAAUCUUGAGAAGGCAGUUGUGAUAGGGUCGAGCAUCACGGGCAGCAAAAACUCCGUUAUUUGGGAUAGCUUGGCCAAGGUGUGCGUACUCAAAAGGCGGCCUGACGUCGGCGCAGUCUGCCUCACCAACAUGGGAGACAUAAAGGGUGCGAUGAUGCUCCGCAAAGCUUUAGACGAUGACACGAUGGAAAAUGCCUGUAGAGUUGGCAUUCUCGCUGUCAAUCUUGGCAUGAUUGAGGAAGCCGAAGCGCUAUUCCGUGAGGCGCAAAGAUCGGACUUAGUCCAACGCUUGAUAUCGGCGAAAGAUAAUGGACUCAAUGAAAUCAUCAAAGGAGACAAGGAUGGGGAGAAUGUACUGUUAAUAAAAAGUGCACAACACAAGCAGGCGAAGGUGUUAUGGGCUAACGGCGAAACCGCUGCGGCGAUAAAACUCUUCGAAAGGGCUGGUACCCUAGUACCUCACGUGCCGAGGAUGCUAAUAGUUCAAGGUCAAGCUAACGUUCUAGCCCAGUAUGUGGCCACUUCAAAGGACAAGGCUCUGAUAACCUGGUGGGGCCACUACCUUGAAAGCAUCGGGGAUUUAGAUGUCGCUUUAGACGCGUACGUAAAAGCAGAAGAUUAUGGAGAACAAACCAGACUGUUAUGUCACAUGGACCGAAUGGAGGAGGCCGAAAAUGUGUGCAGGAAAAAUUCUUCGUCGCUAUAUCAGAUGGCACGACAUUUGGAAAUGAAUGCUAAUGAAACUGAAAAUGCUGUCAAGAUGUAUAUAAAAUGUGGUGCAAUAUCAUCAGCUAUAAGAGUAGCCACUGAGGCGAGCGCUUGGAACCUGGUGUGGCGUGCUGGAUCCAGCUCGGCAAAGCACGCGUUAUACGCAGCGUCCAUCUUGGAAAACGCUGGACAAAACGAGCAAGCUAUAGCUUUAUAUCAGAAGGCUGGCAAAACCCAUAUGGCGCUCAAACUAGCUCUGAGCUCCGGCGACACAACCGCUAUGAUAUCCGCGGUAGAGACGCUAGGAGACGCGGUAGACCCCGAGCUGGCGGCAACGCUGGCUGCGCAUCUGCGGAAGAGCAACCAUCAUUCGCACGCUGCGGCUUUGCUGGCUACUGCUGGCAAGUACGAAGAGGCUUUAGACAUAGUGGAGCAGUCCGGGGCUCCGCUGACGCCGGCGCUGGGGGAGCGGCUGGCGGCGCCGGCGGGGGCGCGCGGCCGCGACGCUCUAUUGCGCCGCCUGGCCGACGUGCUCGGUACUAGGGGGCUGUACCAUCACGCCGCUAAACGACUGGCUGCUAUCGGGGAUAAGGCGGGCGCGAUGCGUUGGCUCAUGCGAUCUAGCGACGUGGACCGUAUAGCGACGUUCGCAGCGGCAAGUCGCGACCGUGCGGUGCAGCUCAUGGCGGCCGACUACCUGCGGACACGAGCACCCUGGCGCUCCCGACCCGACCUCACACGACACAUACUACACUUCUACACGAGGGCGAAGGCGCACAACAAGAUGGCCGCCUUCUACGCCGAGUGCGCCAAGAUGGAGAUCGACGAUUAUAAUAACUACGACAAGGCACUAGAAGCACUAAACGAGGCAAUGAGAUGCAUCGCAAAAUCUUCUGAUCCUGAAAGUGGCUCCCAAACAAUGGCUAUACAAGAACAAAUCUCCACUAUCCAAAGAUUUAUGGAAGUGAAAAAGUCCCUAGAAUCAGGAGACAUCAAAACAGGUGUGAGCGGUGGCUAUGCGCUGAUUCGUGGACUAGAUCGGCCUGGGCUGCUGUCGGAGGAUAAAAUUUUAAAUCUACUGCUACAGCACAUACCAGAGGGACCAGAAAGAGAACGAUUAGAAGAACGCUUGAAGUCUAUACAAGAACCAUCGGAAGAAGACGAAGCAACACCAGACCAAAGCAUAGAGGAAACAGUUUAAAAAUGUAAAUGUUAGGUAUUAAUUAAGUAAUAUAAAUCGAGAGCAUUGUGACUAAUGUGACUCUACAACAUUGAAGUUGUAAAGCUUAAAAAUUUUAUAAAAUAAUCCUGAUUCCUGUCUAAGAAUUAUGUUAACAAUGUGGUGCAUGCAGCAGUUGA